CUCUCUCUCUCUCUCUCUCUCUCUCUCUCAUUUCUUCUGUAGAAUCCCAAGAGGAUCAAUCAAAGAAUUAGCUUUUGGAAAUCGCUUUGUGUUUAGAUUACAUUGAUUGAGUAACGAUGAGGUGGAGGGCGAGAGAGAAGGGGUUUUCGUAACCUAUUUCUUGAUUGGGUUGGCUUGCUUAUUUGCUUUGUUUUGUUUCUGUGGUGGGUUUUGGCCUCUGGGGGUUCUUUCUUAUUUUCUUUUUCCUUCUGGUUUUGAUGGGUUCAGAAGGGGAAGUACUGAGUAAUGAGACAGACGAGCAAGGCCAGAAGGAUCAGUGCUUGUUCAAAGCCUCAAUCUCUACAAAGUUUGGGGUAUUCAGCUCUUUUUUAAGGCGUGGGAGUAGUCAUUCUUCCAUGGUUUUUAAGUAAAAGAGCUUUGUUUCAGAACCCUUCGAGCUUAAGAAACUGAAAACAAAGUGGACAAAACAAAAACAAAGACAAAUCGCUCUGGUCUAAUACGUUUUUGUUUAGGGUUCUUCAAUUUUUUUUUCAGUCAUGAAGAGACUUGCUAGCUCAGAUUCCUUGGGUGCUAUGAUCUCCGUCUGCCCAUUUACAGAGGAGAAAGACAGCUCCCAUGUUUACCGGAGAGGGUUUCAGUCUAUGCUUGAGGGCUUCGAUGAAGAAGACUGUAUUGAAGAAUCAGGUCAGAUCUCCGAGAAGAAGAGACGAUUAAGCGUAGACCAAGUGAAGGCCUUGGAGAGGAAUUUUGAGGUCGAGAACAAGCUCGAACCAGAGAGGAAAGUGAAGCUAGCUCAGGAGCUAGGCUUACAACCUCGACAAGUGGCCGUUUGGUUUCAGAAUCGUCGAGCACGGUGGAAGACCAAGCAAUUGGAGAGAGAUUACGGAGUUUUAAAAUCCAAUUACGAAUCUCUGAAGCUCAAUUUCGAUACUCUCCAAAAAGAUAAAGAAUCUCUACUUGCAGAGAUCAAGGAGCUAAAAGAGAAGCUCCAAGAAGACAACACAGAGAGCAAUGUCUCAGCAGCUAAACAAGAGAUCCUGAUUUCGGAAUCUGUCGAUAACAAAGUUACCGAACAACAGAGUCAGAUCUCUGCCGCUGCUGCUGAGCUCGGGGGAUCUGAGACGGCCGAACUGAACCAAGAUUUUUGCAACAAUACUACUUAUGGGUCUUCCGAUAGCGAUUCCAGUGCGAUCUUAAACGAAGACAACAGCUCAAAUGCGGCAAUUUCUUCAUCCGGGGUGUUUCAGCAAUUCAACUGCUCUUCAAGAUCUUCUCCGUCACCCACUUCCCUCAAUUGCUUUCAAUUCUCAGAUUCGAGAUUGAUUUCAUCGACUACCCAGAAAACGUACCAACCCCCGUUCGUGAAGAUGGAAGAACACAAUUUCUUCAGUGCUGAGGAACACUGCAAUUUCUUCUCUGAUGACCAAGCUCCUACCCUCCAAUGGUGCUGCCCUGAUCAGUGGAACUAAAGUAAACCAGAUCAGGAAACAACCCAAAAAAAAAA